AUGUCAAAUUUACGUAAACAAAUUCUUUCUAAAUCUCUUCCACCUAUUGGUCCUUCAUCAUCUAUUAGAAAUUAUACACUUAUUGAAUGGAAUAUUUAUUUUAAUGAUAAACGUUAUAUAACAAUGGAUAAAAAUACAUUUUGUUUAUAUUCACGAAAUACAAACGACAAUUUAUCACCGAUUUUUUGGGCUGUUCUUUCACAAGCAGUAACUAAUCUUCUACAAUGUCAAUGUAUUGCAAUAGAUAUUCGUGGUCAUGAAGAAACAAAAACUACAGAUGAAAAUGAUUUAAGUAUUGAAACACUUACAAAUAAUGUAUGUCAGAUUUUACAUAAUUUAUUUAAUGAAGAUAAUAUAUCUUCGAUUUUUUUAAUUGGACAUUCAAUGGGUGGUGCACUUGCUGUUUAUAUAGCGAAAGAAUGUUCAUCAAUGAUCAAUGCACUGUGUGUUAUUGAUGUUGUAGAAAGUAGUGCACUUGAAUCUUUAAAUUCAAUGCAAUGUUUUCUUAGUUCAAGAUCAAAACAAUUUUCAACUCAAGAAAAAGCAAUUGAAUAUAUUGUUCGAAGUGGUCAAGUAAGAAAUGUUGAAUCAGCAUGUGUUUCUAUUGUUGGACAAAUUCAACCUAUGAUUAAUACUCCAUCAAAUGAAACAGAUUCAUCGAUAUUUCCAACAGCUUAUCAAACUUAUUUUUUAUCCUGUAAAUCUCCAAAAUUACUUUUAUUAGCCGAUGUUGAUCGUCUUGAUCGUGAUUUAACAGUUGGUCAAAUGCAAGGCAAAUUUCAAAUGCAUGUUGUUCCUUAA